AUGGCUUCUGUUAACUGUGGGAUCAGAUUCACGAUUACUGGAAAUUACCUUUGUACAGUAUAUUUUGUCUUGUUCAAGCAUUCUUUAUUUGCAGCAUUAGUCGAAGGACGUGGCAAUGCACGUGGUGAGAUAGGGCUUGCCUGUAUGGAUGCGACUUGUUCUUAUCUUUUUCUUUAUCAAUUUUUAGAUUCGGCUUCAUAUGUUCGACUUCGAAUGCAGCUACAUAUUUUGGAACCUAUUGAAAUUAUCAUUCCUGAGGUGACAUGUGAGAGAUCAGCGAAUAUGAAUGUUAUCAUUGAACUAAUUCGCAGCAAUUUUCCCCAUAUUGAAAUAACAAUGGUUAACCGACGAUAUUUCAAAUACUACUGCAUGGCAGCAACUGCUGCAUUAAUCAAGUAUGUUGAAAAAAUACAAGAUAUAUUUUUUGCUCAAGGAACUCUGAAUAUUGUCUAUCAGUCAACGGAAAAAUCGUGCCUCAUUGACGUGAAUACAAUGCACAGUAUUGAGAUCAUUGAGCGAAUGUGCGAAAAAUAUAAAGUUGUCGGUCAUAGUCUUUAUUCGAUUCUAAAUGAAUGUCAGACUGGCGGUGGUAUUCGAAUGCUUCGAAGCAAUUUGUUGCAGCCAUCUGCUGAUUUGGAAGCCAUUAAUGCUCGAUUAGAUGCUAUCGAAGAAUUAAUAACCAAUCAACCGAAAAGAGAUAGGCUACGUCUCAUUAUCGGAAAUGCCUUUGAUAUUCAGCACCUUAUAACGUUAUGUUGUUAUCUCGAGAAAAACAAUGAAACAGUACGGACUGCUGAGCAGCGUAUAUCGCAAAUAUUGUCAUUAAAACAAACUUUACAACUCAUUAUGCCUCUUAAACAAGCUUUAGACUCUAGUUCUUGUCGUUUAUUCCAAGUUUGUUUUAAGCAGUUGAACGAUAAGCGUUUAAUGCAAAUUAUGGAUUUAUUAGAUGAAGCGCUUGAACCUAGUAUGAUCAUUGCUGAAAAAUCUGCUCUUGCAAUGCGUUAUCGACGUUGUUAUGCAUUACGCGCUGGGCAAGAUAAUAUGAUAGAUUUGGCACGCAAAGGAUACGAGGAAUUGAUCAGAGAUAUGCAAGAAAAAAGUGAAGAGGAAAAACAACAGUUACCGGAUGCUCGACUGGUGUAUACGACCCAUCGUGGCUUUCAUUUUUCAAUGACGUGUUUUGAUCCAUUAUCAAUCAUAAAGCUUCCUUCUCAUUUUAUACAAAUUGUGAGGCAUCAGGCUUCGAUAUCUUUUACUACUCAAUCAUUUAUUCGAUACAAUGAUCGGAUCCAGAAUGCAGUGAAUGAGAUAAUGAUUCGUAGCAAUGCUUUGAUUAUACGGCCGUUGAUUCCUUCUUUAUAUCAUUUAAUCGAAGUCAUUUCCUUGGUCGAUUUCAUUACUUGUUUGGCAUUAUACGCUGUUAAAGUCGCAACUGUUCGACCCAUAUUUUCUGCAGCAAAUUCGAUGGUCAUUAAACAAGGUCGUCAUCCAUUGCUUGAUUUUUCCCGUGGUAAUGUUGUUGCUAAUGAUGCGUAUCUUUCCGCAGAAAGUUAUAUGGCUGUUAUUACUGGGCCAAAUAUGGCUGGCAAAUCAACUUAUUUGAAGCAAAUAUGUCUUUUGCAAGUACUCGCUCAAACAGGCAGUUUUGUCCCCGCGGAAUUUGCAGCUUUUCCUCUGAUUACACGCAUAUUUUCUUGCCUUGACCAUAAUGACAAUUUAAUUGCGAAUUUAUCUUCUUUUGCUCUUGAAAUGUCGGAAAUGGUAACAAUAUUAACAAGUGCCAAUUCAUCCUCUCUUAUUAUUAUUGAUGAACUGGCUCGAAGUACUGCUAUUGAAGAAGGCGUUUCGAUUUGUUAUGCAAUUUGCGAAGAAUUACUGAAAUUAAAGGUUGUAAUUAUUCAUAUUCAUCAAAACUAUCAUUUCUCAGUAAAUUUUAAAACGGUCAUGCACGAUGGUGGAACACCGCUUAAUGCGCUAGAAAUUACACAUCGUCUAUGCAAAGGAUCUUAUAAAAAAACUCUUUAUGAUCUGCUUGAAGGACUGAAUAUAGCUGAAUUGUCAACUUUUCCGCGUGAAGUACUGGAUGAUGCUCGGAGCCUGGCAGAAAUUUUAUGUGCGCAUAAGGAAAGGCCUAAGAAAUAUGAUGCAGAAAUCAAAAAAAAACUACAUAUUUUGAGAAUUAUCAACAAGCUUCGCUCAGUUCUACCAAUCUUACAAAAAGUUGAAAUCGAAGCGGCUAAAAAUUAUCUUUUGAAUCUUCGAAAGCAAUUUUACGAUAAUGUGAAUACAAAUGAUUAA